AAUCUUAUUGUAGACGCCGCUUUACGCCGCUUUACGCCGCUUUACGCCGCUUUUAAUAACAUCGAGAAUAUAACUUCAAUCUGAGCGGUAUGAUGUAUUUACAGACGCGCCUAGGGUCGUUCCGUUUUGCGCAAGGGCCACCACGUCGCUAAUAAUACAGGCGAUUAUACGCCAUGGAAGACUGGACAGUCAGUAGCGAUGAUGUGGAGGCUGGAGCCCAACGAGGUGCGUUCUUAACGACUUACCGAGGCAUACCGAUGCUCUCGAGGGGGGUGAAAGGAGUCGGCAGGAACACACUCGGCUCACUGGUCACUAGGGGUAAUCAGGUAUGUCGUUACACGAUGCUUACACGGUCCCCCGGGAGCCGAUGCGUCCGCCAUUUUGGGCGCAAGUGGAGCUGCGAAAAUGCCUUUUUACGAGGCAGUCGACCAUGCUGCUCUGGCCUCGCCGCGUCGCAGCUCGACCAUACACACGCCGCCAUCCAGCCCGAGAGAGCCCAUGGACCGAGUGAGACGUUGUUGCACGGAAUGCAGCGGGAAUGCAGCACAGAAUAACUUAAACAUCUGCUUUCCCGGGUGGUUUCGAAUACAGCAAUAAAAUUUCGUUUACUCCUUAGUACCUUUCAUAUAGACUACAUGAUAAUUAAAAUAGAAUAAAUAAAUUGA